AUGUUUCUCCUCUUUACUCUGGUGUAUAUCAUGCGCUCUAUUAAGGCAGAAACCACUUCUGCGCCUACAUCGACCCCUCUUCCUCACUUGGAUCGUCUCAUUUACGUCAGACAAGACUCUGGUCCUGCGCCAGUGUCAAGUUGCACCUGCCCAGAUACACGUACCAUCUGGAACGUCAUAUGGAGCUGCUUCAGCACCAUCUUCAUCUGCACCUGGCUCUCUGUCCAUCCCAAUGUCCCGGGCCCUCAAGAAUCACCUUGGGCAAUUCGCGGUCGGCGAUUGAAAUUGAUGAUAUGGGCCUUCAUAGGCCCGGAGUUGUUCAUAAUAUGGGCCUACAGGCAGCGAUUUAUGGCCAAAAAGAUUGCGGAAAAGUAUCGAAGUCGUGGAUGGACUAUCGCCCAUGGGUUCUUCCUCGUGAUGGGCGGAUUUCAUCUCUACGACUGCGAAAAGGAUCUCGGGGUCCUCUCCGUUCAACGAUUUAAUUCCUUGAUCGAAUCCAAUACCAUCGAUUUCCCCUCAGCACUCACGCGGGAAGACAUAGAAGACAAAAGCAAGGCCGACGGGCUAUCUAAAGGAAUUACGAUCAUUCAAACGUCGUGGUUCGUACUGCAGUGUAUCGCUCGAGGUGUCCAGAAGCUUCCAUUGACGGAAUUGGAGGUUGUCACUCUGGCGUUGGCCAGCCUCAACGCAUUGAUAUACGGGUUGUGGUGGAAUAAACCCCUCGACGUUCAGCGAUGUCUCAAAAUUACCUUGAAAGCCUCUUCGACCGCGAUUGAGCAGCCCAUAAAAUCCAACCCUGACCAGGUUAUUGAGGACGGCGACCGUAAUUUAAUUUACGCGCCAAUAUCAGCGGACCUCAAGAAAAAUACUCCUGCCUCUCCAUCUGCUCAAGACCAGGAUGCGAGGACAGGCCACGAGAAUGUUGCACGGAGCAGGAUAUCGAGGAUGCACAAUUCCCUGACCCUUUGGGUGAAAGUCACACGUCAAGAGUUUUAUGAUUAUCGUAUGAACGAGAGGCGAAGACGAGAACUACGGGCUGAACGGCUAACAUUCACCCGCUUCAUUCUUCACCGGGUUAUCGCAGAACUCUUCAUAAUACCCAUCAGUGAGCUCACUGAGGGUGAAUUCCAAAUCCCAGAAGGGUUCGACCGGGUGACGAAUUACUACCACGGAGUGGAGACUCUAGAGGACUUGCACGCCAUUCGGCCAUCUAUACUUCUCUGGGUCGGAAUAGCUAUCAGUGCCGUCUUUGGUGCCAUUCACUGCAUCGCUUGGGGCUUCUCCUUCCCCUCAAAAAUCCAACGCGACCUGUGGCGUGCAAUGUCCCUCGCCGUCAUCGCCAGUCCACUAGUCUUUUUCUGCGUCCCUUCACUUUAUUCAGCCCUCCUCAAGCCCUCCGUUGCGGAAUUUGUCGAGAGAUGGCGUAGUCGCCGUGGAGUUGCUGCUUUUUUCUAUCGUUGCGUCGGAAAUUUGCCUGGGGUCCUCGAGGUUUUGGUCAGAUAUAUAUCAGCGUCGAUCUAUAUCGCAGCCAGAGUGGGACUGUUGGGCAUAGCACUCGCUUCGUUGGGGGACCUGCCCCCGGAUACGCUACGAGAUGUUGACUGGGUAGACUUUCUGCCCCAUCUAUGA